AUGUGCGAUAAUUAUUGGGUUUCAAGUCAAUACAAAUGGCAACAAAAUCAAUAUUACAAAAAACAAUCAAGCACAUCUCAACCAUCUCAAUCAUCGGCACAACAACAACUAGAUGCUCUCGAUGACUCACAAUUUAACGUUUUUGAAAAACAACUCGUUCUCACUCAUUGUAUGAGAGUUUAUUUGCGUGAUGUUGGAAAAAAAGUGAAUGCUCAUCAGCGAGUCAUUGCUACAGCCAUGAUUUAUUGUAAACGAUUUUAUUGUCAGAAUAGUAUUUCGGAUUGUGAUCCUGCUCUCUUGUCAGCAGCAGCACUAUUAUUGGCAAGUAAAAUUGAAGAAUGUCCAUUAAAUGCAAAGAAUAUUCAUCAAAUUGCGAUGGGAAAGGACGCUCCUUCUCAGAAUUAUGACACUAAAGAAACGAGUUCACAAUUUCCAUAUCAAUUAUCACAAAUUAUUGAAUGUGAACUUUACCUGAUGGAACAACUUUCGUUUAAUUUAACUGUUUUUCAUCCCUAUAAUUCUCUCAUCAUGUACGUGAAAGAUUCCGAGCUUGAAAAAGCUCAUUACCAAAUGGCCUGGAAUAUUGUCAAUGAUAGCUAUUUUUCAGAGGUUGUGUUAAAAUAUGCUCCCUUUUUAAUUUCUCUCACCUCCAUCUACAUGACAUGUAUUCUCAAUGACAACAAGGAAAAGGCAAGAAAAUGGUUUGACCAGCUCUAUGUAGACAUGAAAGUCAUUGGUGACAUUACAGAUGAAAUUCUAACCAUGUAUUCCCUUGUAAAGAAAAUGCAAGAUCCCCAAAGUGAUGUACAAAAAACAUUGAAUCAAGCUCUGACAAGAUUACAACAAAUGCGACAGCACUGCUAUUGGGGAACGCCCUAA